AAUAAUACGCGUGGGAAAUGUGACGUUAUUGGUAACUAAUGACCCAAUUUUGUUUUUUACUCGUUUGUUUUCAUGGACAGAAAAUGCGGCUUAGAGCGGCUGCUUGACCGGAUAACAGUGAAGCUAACAGUUAGCAUUCAUGGUUUCUCUUUGAUUUCGAGCUUUGUUUGUUAUACCCCAUAAAGGAAUUAUGACACAAACGUGACAUAUUAGGGUCAACAAUAACUACUACAUCCUAACGCGUCCACUGGAAUGGGUGUAAAAGGUCUUGAGAGCUUUAUGGAGCGCUGCUGUCCAGAGGCCUGUGUGAUGGUGAACCUGAGAGAGAUGGCCAAGCAGCACGCUGCCAAAAACCAUCAAGGCUGCUCAUCUACAGCUAACAUAACCAGUCCCACUCUUGUAGUGGACGGCAUGUGCUGCCUCCGUCACUGGUACUUCGGUAAGGACUGGGUGUGUGGGGGCCAGUGGAAGGAAUAUGUAGAUGUUCUUAGAAGCUGGGUGGAGACCUUCACCUCUGCAGGUAUCAGACUGGUCUUUUUCUUUGAUGGGGUAGUAGAACAUCAGAAAAGACAAGAGUGGGUGAAAAGACGACUUAGAGUAAACAAGGAUGUUUCAAAAGUGUUCAGCCACAUCAGGAAAUACGGAGAACAGCCUGGGAAAGAGCUCUUCUGCCUGCCAUCUGGUUUGGCAACAUUCACACCCUUUGCCCUCAGGUCAUUGGGUCAGGAAGUGUUUUGCUCAGUACGGGAGGCGGAUUAUGAGAUUGCCAGCUAUGCUCGUCAGCACGACAGCAUGGGCAUUCUGGGACAGGACUCAGACUACAUCAUAUAUGACAGUGCCCCCUACUUGUCCGUGGCAAAGCUGCAGAUCAACAGCCUGACCACUGUCAUGUACGACCGGCAGAAACUCUGCACAACCAUCGGACUGGCUGUUACGCAGCUGCCUUUGCUGGCCUGUCUCCUUGGUAAUGAUGUGGUGUCAGAAGAGCAUGUACGCCAGAUCAGGAACAGUGCCGUGGAAACUUACAGGAGAGCCAGUCCAGCAGCAUAUUCCCGUGCUCCUCAUGGCCAGGUGGUGCUGGCUGUAACCCGGCUUGUAAGCACUCUACGUAGCCCUGAUGGGGAACAAACUGAACUUGUUCCAUGGUCUCUGAAUGCCCCGGUUCCUCUAAGAGACCUCCUAAAAAAGGGGAUCUCCUCCUAUUUGUUACCUGGACAAAAAAGCUUUGAGUUUGUUGAUGUUUCAGCUUCUCCUGCAACCUUUGAGAAGCUUGUAAGUCCGGAAAUAUUAAAGGCAUGUAGAGAGAAACAUGUCGCAGCAGAGGGUUUUAUGGUUUACUGUGUUGUGUGUGCUGGAGUCACUGAAUGCAGCAACUCUCUGGAGGAUGAGGAGGAUGAGGAAUUGCUGCCUCAGGCCCUCGUCUACAGGCCCUGCAGACAACGCAUCUAUGGCUUGCUGCUGUUGCACGGGCCAGAUGCCAACUCCCUGGAGAAUCCAGCCAUCAGGGAAUGGUUCGUCUACCCUGGAAACCCUUUGAAUGAGCCUGAAAUGAUUCAUCCUGUCCCCAUCAACAUCUCAUGCGGUCACCCCAGUCUGGACGUGUUGUGGUUUAGCUCUGGUCCUGAGGUUUCUGCUCUUCGUCUCACAGCCUUCCUGUCAGUCUUUGACUGCGUCGAGUUUUCUGAACUGUUCGGACAGAUUGAGGACUCUCUCUUGGGGGCGCUUUGUCUCAUCACAUACGUAGUCCUACAGGUACAAACAUUGUCCGAAGAGGACGUCGAUGCGUACCUGAGUCAGGCCGUCUGUCAGAGGCUGAAAUCCUCCCCGGAGCUUCAGCAGAUCAAGUUGCCUCUCCUUUCCAGUCGUGCCGUGCAGCUGGGAUCUCUGUAUGUCCGAGGAAUCAGCCACCUGUUGGGUGCUAACAAUGCCAGCGGCUGCCCACUGCCCAGUGCUGCCUUGAUGCCUUGGCAUGUCUUUGACGGAAGGCUGUUCCACUCAAAGUAUCUGCUGGCACACAGAGGCGUGGAAAAACACGAGCUGCUGGACGACGAUCCGUCCUGCCUUUCCCAGUUUCUUCUAUUGAAGGAGAAACUUGUAGAAACCUGCAGAAAGAGAAGCCGAGCCCUGCAGUCAAGACCCAGGGCACCAGAGAGAAGUCUGAGCCCUUCACCUGGAGGUUCUUCUGGUGAAGAUUGGAGACAAAGAGGAGAAACAGCAGGAGGACAUCAACGUGGAUGGGGAUGGAGGGAAAGAAGAGGCCAAAAUGUCUAUAAAAGCAGAGACAGAAUGUGGGGCAGAGGAGGACACAGAGGACGAGGACAAGAUUUUUAUUCAUGUCAUUCCUCUGAAGAUAUGAGCCGAUGUCUGAAGCUACCCAGAGGUCGUUCAAAUCACUACAGAGGACGGUACCAGCUGGCUCCAAGAUGGCCGCAUCCAUCAGCUCCAUGAAUACGAGUCAACCCCAAGGAGAGGAACUGGGGAUUAGAAGGAAGGACUUAAGAGGAUGGGGAAAGACAUGAUGACAGGCAAAAGGGGUCGGAUCUCAGAACAAACUGAUUAUUGAGGAGCCUGUUGGGGUUGUUUAUCUAAAGGAUGCAGUAGGAUGAGAAAUGGGGUUUAACAGGAGGCAUAACCUGCUGACUUCACAGUGUCACUCAGAGGAAAAUCCUUCUGGGAUUUGUCUAAAAUGAGCCCCCAAGCUUCUGAUUUAUCUCAGGAUAAAUUUUUGUCUAAUUUUUUACAUUAAAAAGGAAACAUUUUUAAAGCUUAAAUAAGUAAAGAGAUGAAGAGUGAUGCUGGUGUCAAAUAUCAAGUGAGAGGACUAUCUUAGAUUAUCAUGUAUGUUUAGUGUUGAAACCAAAGAGACCACCCCAGAUGUUUCAUGCUACAGGAAAUUUAUUAUUAUUGUAUAGUUUGUUUGUUUUUUACGCCGUGGUAAAUUGAAUGUUUGAGAUGAAUUUUUUUUUAUUUAGUUCUUAAAUUGUUUCAUCGAAAAGAACAAACUGAUCUUAAAUUUAUUCUGAGAUCUCAAAAUAAAACUUUUUUUAAACUAA